AUGAAUAAAGAUGUCCAAGAAUUUAAGCAUAUUCACCUAAAUAAAAGCCAAGAAUCGUUACGAGCAUUUGAAGACCACGAGAAGAAAAUGAAGAAAGAAUUAGAAACGGUUAAAUAUGCGACGAUAGAAACGAGAAAUGCUGUAAAGGAUAUUCAGUCUGAUAUAUAUUCUCAAAUUCGCAAGGAACCUAGUCCUGAAACCAAGCCAAAAUUAACUAAAGAUCAAACAGAAGCAAUUCUUCAAACAGAAGCAAACUAUGUUAUAACAGAACAGUUUCAAGAGGCACAAAAUACACUCAUGGUGAAAAACUGUGUUGUAAUAUGCGGAGGAUUAGGCGAAGGAAAAACCUCAGCAGCAUUUGAACUAAUGAGACGAAAUAGGAAACAAAAAAGAUGUAUUCAGAUAGAAAACCCUGAUAAUAUACGUAGGGUCGAGCCAAAUGUUUUUGAUUUUGUGUUCAUAGACGAUAUUUUUGGAAAUUAUGAACUUGAUGAAAAUAAAUUUCAGUCUUGUUUGGCAGUUUUUGAAAAGCUACAAAAUUUGAUUAGAUCAAACGCUUUUAAGCUAAUCAUAACAUCCAGUGAAAUUGCUUUUAACGAAAGCCGUGGUUUACUGGAAAAAUUCUCACUUUUUAAGGGUGUCGUAUUUUUUAAGACAGAUAAACUCAAAACGAAGGAAAUACAAGAUAUUCUGCACCAAUGCCUGACAGCACAGAACCGUGUAUUAUCACCUGAGUUUGUUGCCAGAUGCAUAGCUGCUUAUAAAUCAAGCUCUAGCUUUCCAUACGUUUGUUUUCUUUUUGCAUCAGAUGACAUGUUCUUUGAAGAAAAAGAAUGUUUUUUCUUAAGAAAAGAAGUAAUAGGCACUGAUAUUUUGUCUCAUUUAAACAAAGCUAAACAAUUAACAUUACUUUACCUCUGGUUUAAAGGAGGCAACUGUCUUGAGAUAUCUGACAUUCCAGAGCAGUGUUGCUCCUUCCUGAAAACGCUUUCUAACCGUCUUGAAUACAGCAAAGAUAUUACAACAUUGUGUCACGAGGUAAAUCACAACCUAGACGUUAUGAACGGUGCAUUUAUAAAAAAGCAGGUCAGCGGAUAUGCAUUUGCUCAUAAUAGCAUUUAUAGAACUAUUGGGCUUUUCUUUGCACGUCGAGGUUUCCAUGACAUUAUCAUUGCGCAGAGUAAUAUAGACUUUUUCAUGGAAUGCAUACGUAUAGAUGAACAUGACGGAAACAGAGAUUACAACGUAUCCAGAGAUUUAUACACACAUGUUGUUGAUAGAAUUAUCUUGGAAGUGAUGCAAAACAAGAGAUGUCGAGCAAUGGCCAUUCACCCAUGUUUAACCAAUGAAAUAUUUGACCUUCUUUUUCGCAAAUUAAUGGCUUUAAAUAAGUUAAAAGCAUUUUUCUUGUCGGAAAAAAACGAAAGCACCUCUGUGAUAUAUUAUACAAGGGAAGAUGACACAUUUGGACAGUUCUUAUUUCAUAUUUUGAAAAGUACUUCAUCAAUUUCGAUAACAGUUUUGAAAGCAGUCAUUAAGCACUUGAAACACAGACAUACGAUAAAACAAACACCAUGCAAAGUAUGUAAAAUGUUUGAAAACGCAUAUAAAGGCGCAUGUCGUGGAGGUAACUUGGAAGCAUUAAAACUACUAGGUUUUGUUAAAGUUAAAGCAAGUGAAUUAAUAACUACCGUAUUUAGUAAUAAGAAGGAGAUAUAUCAAUUUGUGUCCUCGGAAAUACAUGGGUAUAAAGAAAACAAUGAAUUGAAAAUGCAGUGUUUGCAGUUAUCAAUAAUUCUCGGUCACACUGACGUGUUCGAUCAAAUAUUACAUGAUGGUAUCAAACCAGAUGUAAUUUGUUUUAAGUUAGCAGUGAGCAAUAAAAGGUAUGAGUUCAUAGAAAUGAUACUACGUUAUUUAGCUAUGUCCGCCGAGUAUCAACUCGUAUUGAAUAUGCUAGGAAAUCUUGAUAGCUAUGAACCGAAUACUGCGUUAGCUCAGUGUGGUCUACAGUUAGUGAACUGUUUUUUCCCUGAAUUGCCAUCAGUUGUCCGAAGCGGAAAGGAAAAGAGCGAGGUAAACUUUGUGAUUUCAGAAUUAGAAAAACAAUGUAAAGCCAAUGUGUUAAACAUGCUCUCAUGCGGUGAGAUAGACCCAAACAGCGUCCUUCCUUAUGUCCUUAGGUGGUACUGUUCAGCAUGUUUUGAUGCAACCGCUGUUGGUAAAAUUGACAGCAUUUUGAAAUUCAUUGACGAGUCGCAAAAUUGUUCAGUUUCCCUUAAAAUUGUAAGUAAAAUUGUACAGAGUGAUUCAUCAAAAUUGCUAGAACGAUGUAUCAGACAUAAAGUCAAAGCUCAUGAUAUCUGUCUGCGAACGGCUUUGGAGAUGGCAAUAUAUUUUGACCAAGACACUGCAACUAGAAAACUACUUUACAAUUUGAAUGUUCUCCCAACGCCAUAUUGCCUAUUCCAGGCAACUGCAAAAGGCAAAAAAGCCUUAGUAAAAGCGAUACUACAGUUAAUACCGUUUGCUGAAAUACAGAGUUCAAGUGUAUAUUUCAAAUUAUCAUUGUCGCAUUGUGUGAGCACAAAUGAUAUGGAUAUGUUUAGAUAUAUAAUGAAAGAAACUAAAUUUGAAAUUGAUUCAGAACUUUUAUUCGAGGCAGUGCUGUCUAGAAAUGAAAUGAUGGUGGUGGAGAUCAAAAGUCAUUUAGAAAAAAAUGACAAAUGGGAUUAUAGUCUAAAGGAGUAUUGGAUUUCAUCGGCAUUGAUAGAGGCCAAAGGAUCACCUUCUGUUAUAAGUUGUCUGGAAGAUUAUUAUGACGAUGCCAUUUCUAUAAUAGGAACAUAUAGUAACAGCGAUCUGUUCGACCCCCUAUCUUCUUUCUCGGAAAGCUGUACCGAUUAUGAAGACAUUGAGUGAGCUUUUGUCGUCCAGUCAUGGACUAUGUUGCGGAAAAAACAUUUCAUUUGUGUUGUUGUAGACGAAAGUUCAAUGAUGUUUUGUGUUAUUGUAGACGAAAUUUCAAUGUUGAUUUGCGUUAUUGUAGACGAAAUUUCAGUGUCAGGUUAUGGCUUUUACAGAAGUCACGGCGUGUUUAGUUUGGGCGUUUGUGGGGUCGGAUUUGCUAUUGUUGAUACUAUUUAUAAAAUUGUUGCACAGGUCAGUAACAAGUAUAAAUGGUUAUUUGAAGAAAUAAUUUUUUUUUUGUUAUUUGUAAUUCUCUGCUACAGUGUGUAGUUUAACUUUGCCUGAAUAUAAACACUGCAUUCAACUGUGAAAACGUUCUUGAAAUACUUUGUGAAUGUUCUUGCUUGUUGAGAAACAGAAACUUCUAGGUGGUGGUACACUAUUGUGGAAGUUAAACUUGAAAACUUAUGAUUUGUUUUCAAGAUAUUCUCUGAUUAUCCAAAAGAGUAAGAAAGACACUUAGUCUUUCAUUACACUGUGUAGGAGGUCUUGUCAUUUUGUCAUGAUUUUACUUCAUUUGUUUCAUAAUAAUAUAGUCUUCGUUUGAAUGGGGCAGUGAAUCAUUGUCAUUUGCAAUUUGAUUGAACUCGAAUAUAGGUCUUUGGAAUACAGGUUCAAUAUAAGCUGCAGGCUCCAAAAUAUUCUGUAAAAUGGUGUAUGUUUGAUUGAUUGUAUAUUUCCUGUCACGUUAUCCUUAUCGUGAGACUGAGUUGUUAAAAAUAAGUUUUAGUAGUAAUUUUAUUCCUGUGUGUUUAAGAUAUUGUUGUAGCAUUGUAGCACAUGUGCUAAGCAUCUUCCUUAUCGAAUUGUCUUUGGUUUAUGAUGGACAUGUAUAAAUCCUGCGUUCCAUGUCUAAAAGCCAACAAGUUUUCUCUAAUAUUUUAAUGAAAAAAGAUCACGUUUACGAGGUAGACAAUUUGCGCUCGAAUUAAAGAAGUAUUUUCAAACAAA